AUGGAACUGAGCGUGCGUGGAGGGUUGCCUAUCUCAGCGCCGGCCGGUUCCAAAGAGAGGACUGUCAGUGCGUCCUCUGAUAACGUUGCGGAAACAUGCUGGCGUUCAGAUUGGUGGUGAUGAUGUGGCUGUGGGAGAGUGGUCUCAGUGACUGGAGCAAUGAGAGCGCGCUGCCUCCUCUGUCGGAUGACGUGGCGAGCAUCGACCCGCGGCGACUCUGCCACUGCUUCAACCACACCGAGGGCGGGACCCACCGGGAGUUGGAGUGUCGCUGCUGGGGCCCUGACACCCUCCACGUUCCUCAGGACCUGCCGUCGCGAGUCAACAGGAUAACUAUCCAGGAGGCAGGGAUGAAAAUCCUGAGAUCAUCUGCCCUGCAGUUGUAUCGUUCCUCCCUUCUAUUCUUCAGCCUGACGGACUUGCCUAGCCUGCACACCAUUCAGCCCGGGGCCUUCAACAACCUAUCCGAGCUGCUCACCAUAUACAUUCAUAACGCUCCCCUGCUACACUAUCUGGACAAUCAGGUCUUCCAGAUCAAUCUUCCUCGUUUGAAAACUCUGAGAAUCGAUGGCUGUGGACUUUAUACUGUUCCCUACCUUGGGGAGCUGACUCGGGGCGCACCGAUGCAUAUAGUGAAUAUUGAGAACAACAAGAUACAGGCACUGGAAACUGGCGACGUACAAGUCAGAACUGAUCGAUUGUUGAUCAGCUAUAACCUGAUUGAGGAAAUAGAAGCGAGGGCUUUCGAGAUGUCAGAGAUAGCUUUUUUGAGUCUCAAGGGUAAUCGCGAUCUGCGAACGAUUCACAAGGACGCCUUCGUGAAUAUAUCCAGCCUGCUCUACUUAGAUCUGUCGGAAACAGCCAUCAGCCAUGUACCAACUCGGGGUUUGCAAUCAUUGGAAGUUCUCAAAAUUCAGGACACACCCACUCUCAAGGUGUUUCCAUCCAUCUACAGUUUUAAUGCAAUUAAACAGGCUUGGCUGACCUACUCAUACCACUGUUGUGCUUUCCGAUUUCCAGCCAAACAUGACCCUCUGCAACACACAAAACACAAGGAGUUUGUCGGGAUGAUGGAGAGGUAUUGUUCGAAGGAGAGUAGUGGCACCAGCACCAGGAUGCGACGCAGCUGGGGAGCACUCAACGUCGGAAACACCAGCACAUCGCCACCGCCGCCACUCACCAACGCGAACGCACAGCACUAUGACAGAGACGCUUGGUUCCAUCAGCACGACGUGACAGUUCCGCCAGCCGGCAGCCGCGUGCACCGUCUGUGCGGCAACCUGUCGAAGAAGUACGAGGAGGUGGAGUGCUGGCCGCGGCCAGACGCGUUCAACCCGUGCGAGGACCUGAUGGGCAACUGGGUGCUGCGGGUGGCCGUGUGGCUGGUGGCCAUAUUGGCCCUGCUUGGCAACUUGGCCGUGCUGCUAGUGCUACUCAGCUCCCGCUUCCGCAUGACUGUGCCCAAGUUCCUCAUGUGCAACCUGGCCUUGGCCGACCUCUGCAUGGGCCUCUACCUCCUCCUCAUCGCCCUCACCGAUGUGCGCUCCAUCGGCGACUACUUCAACUACGCCAUUGAUUGGCAGAAUGGUGUUGGGUGCAAGGUAGCCGGAUUUUUGACAGUGUUCGCCAGCGAACUUUCAGUUUUCACACUGACAGUGAUCACAGGUGAGCGAUGGUACACCAUCACCUACGCCAUCCAUCUCAAUAAGCGACUCAAGCUGUGCACUGCCACCAAAAUUAUGGCUCUUGGUUGGAUGUAUGCCGCUGCAAUGGCUGCUCUACCACUGUUUGGCGUCAGCAGUUACUCCAAAACAAGCAUUUGCCUGCCUAUGAAGAAGGAAUCGAUGGCUGAUCUGAGCUACCUGACGACACUGCUGAUGUUCAACGGACUGGCGUUCUGGUCGAUCUGCGCCUGCUACAGCCGCAUGUACUGCAGCAUCAGACAGGGCCAGGACGCGGUGGCGACGCUCGCUCGCUCCGACAUGCGGGUGGCCAAGCGGAUGGCUCUGCUCGUCUUCACCGACUUCGCGUGUUGGGCGCCAAUCGCCUUCUUCGGCCUAACCGCCCUAGCCGGCCAUCCACUCAUCGACCUCUCCAAGACCAAAAUACUGCUCGUCUUCUUCUACCCACUCAACUCGUGUGCCAACCCCUACCUGUACGCUCUGCUCACUCAACAGUACCGGCGCGACAUGUUCAUCCUGCUCAGUCGCUACGGUCUCUGCUCGAAGCGGGCCGAUCGCUACAAGGGAACCACCGGGCAGACGCCCCGCAUCCAGGGGCCUCAGGCACCUCAGGGGGGGCCUGCCCCCCUGCCCAACCAUCGCGGCUCCGUCCUCACUAGCCUCACUUCGGUGGAGAGUGUGCCCGUGCGCCAGGGGCCCCUCUGCACCGUGCCUGAGGGGUCGCAGCUAGAGAUGCUGCCUGUUGUCAAUCACCAACACAAGUUUGAUAAUGAUCAAAAGUCAAAUUCAUUCCUAUAACGUUAGCAUUCAAACGAAAGAAUACUUCAAAGCUCUCAAAUAUAAUGAUCAUUCAUUGUGUUAUUUGUUUGUAUUUUUUGUGACAAAUUGAGUAUCUAUUCUAUUGAUAGAUGCUGCCUGUUGUCAAUCACCAACACAAGUUCGAUAAUGAUAAAAGUCCAAUUCAUUCCUAUAACGUUAGCAUUCGUACAAAAGAAUACUUCAAAGCUCUCAAAUAUAAUAAUCAUUCAUUGUGUUAUUUGUUUGUAUUUUUUGUGACAAAUUAAGUUUCUAUUCUAUUGAUUCUGAUUAGUUAAAUGAAAACUACUUAGAACUUUUACAACCACUGAUUUUUAAAAACUAUUCUUAGAGACCAUUUUCGAUUGUUCUAUAAUAGACUGAUGAUAAUCUCGUGAUUUAUCACUUCUUAACUAGAAUGAUUAUUUUAUAAUUACCAAUUCAUUACAACUACUAAUUUAUUCUCGGUUCAAUUUAAUAUGUUUUUAUCUAAGUUGUUAAUAAUUGAAACUGGGAUAAGUCAAAAAUGGUAUAUAUAUUCACCUCAAUUUGGGCCGAUUUCAAAUAUUGAAGGGAGGAAAAAUUUAUUUUUGAUCUCUUAUAUUAGAGAAUAAUGAUGAUCUCAAUAAUUAUCAGACGGGUUCCUUGAAAUUUUUUACUACUGAUACUGGUUUAAUAUUUUGAUGGAGAUACACGUGAAAAAGAAUGUAAUUCUUUAUUAUUCAUGUUAUUCGAUUUGAAGUGGGACACAGUAUCUACUGCUUUUUGCUUAUGUUAUUGAUUGGUUUCAGAAUUUCUUCAGAAUUUUUCAUCAUCAGCCUAUGUUGUUUUUGUCAAAAAACACGUAAAAUUGGGUUCUGUAGACAUGUUGGCGAUAAGGUUGGAUCGUUUAAUGAAAUUUAUAUAUUGAUCUAUCUAUUUAUUCAUUAAUUAAUACCCGAAUCAUAUUGGCUUUGUGUCAAUUCAUAAGCUUUCAUCAAUUCAACCCAUGCAUUUGUCAUGUAGGAACAACGUAUCUUUGAUAUUAGCGAGAAAGCCCUGUGUGGGCUGAAGGUGGAUAAAGCUACUUAGUUGUUGAACUUUCCGUGAAGCUAUUUCCUGCUGCUUCUAUCCAAAGUUCUGAAUGUCUCUUUCCUCCUGUGAGAAUAUAAUAGGAGAUUGCAGAGACAUUUCAACCGCAACAUAUGUUGUGGUGUUGUGGUAGCCAACAGCACACAUGCCACUUUGAUGAAGGCUUUGUUCCAUUUCAUCACAAGCUUCAAGUAGUAAUAAUUUGCUUUUGAAUUGUUCAAGUACUUGGCCCAUCAAAGUUAUAUAAUUUCAAAAUUUCUAAAAUUCUAAUAUUAUAGCCUACACGUUGGAGCUCUUAACAAUGAGCUUGAGUUCCGUUCAGAGUUCUAAACAUACUAUCCCAAUCUGAUAGACAUCAAUCAUAAUGAGUUCUAUACAGCUAUCUAUCAUAAAUAUUGAUAUAUUUUCAUCUCCUAAAAAUUUGAUACAUGAAGUCUUCAUUGAAAGAGAAUUCCUACAUUAUACAGUGAAACACCGAACUCUUUCCUCUUCCAUCAAUCAUCGUGAAACUAUAAUUAUUGUUUGAUGAAGUUUGGGCAUUUUUAUAAGAAUUAAAUGUAAUAGAAGAACAAUUUCCAUGAACUUCUGAGAAUUGCAUUUUGUAUUAUGAACAAAUAGCCGUUAGGUCCGUACAAUUGUAACAAUAGAAUAAAGUUUUGGGAAAUGUGACAAUUGACAUGUUUAUUAAGAGUCAAUAAAUUCAGUUAUGUUGUAUUGAUGUUACUUCUCAUAAUGCAUGUACAUUCAAUGAAUUAUCCAAGAGAAACCGAGAAAAAUAUGAAAUGUAUUUUACAUCCAUCGAUAAUAUUAUUUCUUUAUACAUUCAUGUCUUUCCUCAAGAGAAGAUGAUAAUUGUGACAAUUAAGGACCGGUUUCCGAGCUCGGGAUUUAGCUAAGCUCUAGACUUUAAACAGCUGGAGUCAGAAAAUUAGCUUUCCAAAACGGAGCGUCGCAGUUUUUAUAACAGUAGUCUCAGUCUUUAUUUUCUCAUUUCUAUAAUUGGAAACGUUUUUCCUUGACGAAAUUAAACAUUUCUAAAUAAUUCAAAAUAGCUGAAACUUUACACUAUUUUUUCUUUAUUUUAUUUUGAGUUUAAUUUUCUAGUUUUUUUGAAAUUUAAUUGAAACGUGACUUUGACAAUGACUACGACUACGCCCCGUUUCGGAAAGCCAAUUUUCUUACUCCAGCUGUUUAAAGUCUAGAACUUAGCCAAAUCCCGAGCUCGGAAACCGGUCCUUAUUGUUGAUGAAAUGCUUCAAAAAUUCAAUUUUUACAAAUAAAUAAAGCUUAAAACUACAAA